AUUUGUGUAUAAAGGUCUAGACAUUCUUUGUUAAGGUUUGUAAAUCUAGGCCAUCCUAAUUUGUUAAUUUUGUAUUUCAUUUAAGUGGUUUGUCAAGAGCAAGGAUGUUCGUAACGCAUGACAACGCAAAAGGUUGUUUACCGAUGUAUAAAUUUUUCUUCCUCAUUGAUAUACUUCACCUUAAAUAGACUUGGUCUUAAGACGUAUUAUUUCUUAUAGGUUCAGCUUGAUGAUCCUAAGAAACAAGAUGAGGGAUCAACAUUUUUUGAUAACAUUUAUCGCUACCUCGAUUCAUGCCUGCUACGGAUAUAGACAACUAGUUGAUCCAGAUACAACAAAAGCCAUACAAAGUUCUACAUUUGAACCUUAUGGAGCAGACAGGACAAUAGAUGGGAAGCCAUCUUUACUUUCAAUUGGCAGUGGAUCUUGUUCGCAUACAGGACUGGCGCAGAAAUCAGCAUGGUUACAAAUAAACCUCAAGAAAGUUUUCAAUAUAAAAUACGUCAAAUUUUGGUACCGUAAUGACCGUCUCAGUGAACUUGAAAACACCAUACGGUUACAUGGCUAUAUUCUACAAUAUUAUAACAAAAAAUGGAUAACGUGUUACCAAGAUAGUACUCCAUCCAGUCAGCCAAUAUCCAUGCCAUCUAUAGUGGAGUGUCAUCACCAGACUCAAUACAUAGUGUUUUAUACAAAUACACCAAGUCCCUAUGACAGAGGGUUUGUCUUUUUGGAGAUAUGUGAAGUCGAAGUGUAUGGUUGUGAAAAAAAUCAAUACGGAGAAAACUGCACGGAAUGCGGAGAGCGGUGUGUGGAUUGUCAUAUUGUGGACGGAUGUGUGAAGUGUCAAUCUGGAUUCACCGGCAGAAACUGUGAGGACUGUGAACUAGGCUAUUCCGGACGAAAUUGUAAGCCCUGUCUGACGGGAUGGUAUGGUUAUAAUUGUUCCCAGUCGUGCAGUGUAAAUUGUUUGGAGUCAGGAAACUGUGACAAAGUUACCGGAAGCUGUCUCAGUGGAUGUGUGUCUGGAUACAGGGGAGAUAAGUGUUUACAGCCUUGUGAGAAUGGAACAUAUGGUUUGAAAUGUCAAGAACAGUGUAGUGAGUAUUGUUUAGGGAAUGAAGUUUGUGAUAAUGUAAAUGGAAGCUGUAUUAGAGGCUGCGAAAAGGGAUACGAAGGAAACCGGUGUUUUAAUGCUUGUAAAAUUGGAACGUAUGGAGAAAACUGUAAAUACAACUGCAGCGGCCAUUGUUAUUUAGAUGAGCCAUGUGACAGAUUUAAUGGCUCAUGUCCAGCCGGAUGUGACGUCGGAUGGUCAGGAUUUACCUGUGGAAAACAAUGUCAGCAGGGUAGAUAUGGAUUCCAGUGCAAUAAUUCAUGUACCACAUGUAAGGAUAUGACGUGUAAUCAUGUUAACGGGUCAUGCUCUCUUGGUUGUAUCGACGGCUGGACGGGUGCCUUAUGUGCUGAAGUGUGUCCCGGUGGUUUCUUCGGUCCUAACUGUUCUAGUCGAUGUGGAAAUUGUGAAAAUGAAACCUGUCACCAUGUGAACGGAAUGUGUCCUGGCAACUGUAAAGAAGGAUGGAAAGGAGAGAAAUGUUUACAAGUGUCUGCCUUGAUAACCGAUGAGGACACCCCGGGUACCCCUCUCAGUAUGCCUGUAGUGGCUGGUGCGGCUUUGGGUGUAAUGGUGGCUCUAAUACUUAUAAUUAUUGUCAUAGUGAUCAGGGUUCGAAGGAGACAUAAACCAUUAACAAAACCUGAGAGUAAAUGGCAUCAAAAGUUAGAAGAUCAGACAAAUAUGGACCCACUUGAUAAUAAAACAAGUCCCACAGGGAUGAAUGGACAGAUUGAUGGAGCGGAUGAAUCAACUUAUUAUAAUAUUGAGACAACAGAGACAACAAGAAAAACCCAUGUGGACACUUCAAUUAACAUUCCGAUUGCAAACUUAGCAAAUGUUAUUGCUUUGAAGAUGAAAAAGGAGUGCAGUGAUUUCAAAAAGGAGUAUGGGGAUAUCCCGUAUGGUGAAGAGACUCAUAUACCUUGUACAGUUGGAAAACUUCCAGAAAAUAAGGCCAAAAAUAGAUUCAAGACAACAUUUCCAUAUGACCAUUCUCGGAUUGUCCUUGAAAAUACAGAGAGUGACUAUAUCAAUGCAAAUUAUAUAAAGAAUAUGAAAGAAGAAAGAGUAUAUAUCGCAUCACAAGGACCUAAACCUAACACUAUGGCUGAUCACUGGAAGAUGGUUUGGCAAGAGAAAGUUUCCGUUAUUGUUAUGUUGACUAACCUUAUAGAAGGAAUGAAGAAAAAAUGCGAGAAGUAUUGGCCUGAUUUAGACAUUGAAAUGAUGUCUGGAAAAUUUAAACUUCAACUUUUACAGGAGAAAACAUAUGCAUACUAUGUCGUCAGAAGAAUAAAAGUCACUAAUUUAGAGUUAAAAUCACCUACUUCCGUUAUCGUGACCCAGUUUCACUACACCCAGUGGCCCGACCAUGGCGUGCCUGAUCCACUAAGUUUGGCAAUCUUCCAAAAACAUGUGAGGCGGAUCCAAAACGAACAUAAAAACAACCCACUUCUCGUUCACUGCAGUGCCGGGAUAGGGAGGACUGGCACAUUUAUAGCACUGGAUGCUCUGUAUCAGCACGGCCUGGAGACGGGGUCUGUCAAUGUACAGGGAUACGUCAAAAAGAUGAGGGAGGACAGAAUGAGUAUGGUCCAGAACUGUGAGCAAUACAUAGAACUGUAUAAUGCUCUCCUGGAGUCAUUUAAAGGUGAAAGUUACGUUAUUUCCAAGGACGCCUUUUUGAAUGACAUCAGAAAAAUAAGUAAUGCAACAGAGUCCAAUCCCAGCUGGAUACAGUCACAAUUUGAGAAGCUACAGACAAUCAAGAAAUCAUACACUGAUGAUAAUAAGAAAGAGGGGUCAAGACACAAGGAGCUCAAUAUGACAAGGAAUAUAAUGCCAGUGGAUAAAUACCGGGCAAUACUCACGUCAAAUAUAUCGGGAAGAAGUAACUAUUACAAUGCAGUGUUUUUGUCAACCUUUACGGAUAAGGAUGUACUAAUUGCCGGCCAGUACCCCCUAUCUGGUAAUUCUAUAGACCUGGUUCGUCUUCUGCUAGAUCAUGAGUCCAGCAUUCUCGUCUAUGUCAAUCGUCUUUCAGAUGUUCCAUCGUCUGAUGAAUGGUUCCCAGACAAGAAAAAAAAUUUACACCCUUACGAGUUAAUCAAGGAAAAGACUUCCAGUGUGUCUCAGACCAUUCGAAAACACGAUCUUAAAAUUCGUCAUUUAGAUGAUAAUGCCUUGCAUCCAAUCAGUCUCUUUGAAAUCUUGUCCUGGACAAUUAAAGAUACUUUGCCAACUGACGCCAAUACCAUGACUGACGUCAUAAGAAAUGUUCAAAUGGAGGUUGCCAGUCAGUCUACUAAGACUCCCAUCACUAUUUUGUCCAAGGAUGGAGCAACUGGUUGUGGGGUGUUUUGUUGCAUUUAUAAUGCUGUGCAACAGCUUCAGCAGGAUGAUGAGGUCGAUUUGUUCACGAUCGUUAGACAGCUUCAGAUACGGCGACCAGAAAUGAUCUCUACCGUGGAGGAAUAUCACUAUUGCUUCAGAGAUGUUUCGAAUAUCUUAACAGAGAAUUCAUCAGAAGUUUACAACAACACGGAAUGUGUUUACGCAAAUACAUAGGUCUUCUACUUUUCCAUCAAAGCGUGCAACAUUCUACUUGCUUCUGUAAAAGAAUGGACACAGACCAUUAUUCAAUUUGGACGUGAAAAACCUAAUUUUUUAAAUAAGAUUCAUCAUCUCUAUUGACUGAUAAAAAAUACUUAUUGUUUAUCCCAUUCUCAAAGUUUUUUGCACAAAUAUUAUAUCUGAAAGAGACUUAUCAGAUAUUGAUAUUUCACCUUGAUAUUUUCUUGAGAGAAUACUAGUUAUUAAAUCCAGUAAGAGUUAGUGCUCUUUGAAAAGAUUUUUAAUAAACGCCGGUCUAUCAUAAACCCAGGGAAUGUCAGGUAAUCUUUAUGUGUGUGUAUAAGUAUGUUUUUGAAGUAGAUAUUCUAAAUGAUCAUAAAAAACAUCAUGCAGUCUUCAUUCAUAGACAUUAUGAAAGGCAAAGAUGAAAAAAAUGUUAUGUACAUGUAUGUAUAGCAUAAAAAUUUAUGGGGUUUUUUUUACAAAUAGUCGUUCAUGUGUAAUCAUCAUCGAAUUUCGAAUGUGAGCAGGAAGUAGUCCCUGGCUAAAAACCAUCAAACUAUCCUUUUUUAUUAUAUUAUCACAAUAAAUCAUGAUCAUUUGUU